GAAAGCCGGAAGCUGGUUAAGUACUGCGGACUCUGCUUGACGGUAAUUAAAAGGUCCAGGGCGUUCCCUUGUGAGCCCCCAGUCCUGGGCCGCGAGACCUUGCCACGGUGACCGCGGCCAUGGGGGCUCUGCCCUGUCGGCCUCCUGUCGUCCUGGGUCCCCCGCUGGGGCUGCUAUUCCUGUUUGUGAGUACGCUGGCCUCCUUGCGGCUCUUGGACCACCCGGCACCGGUCUGUUCUCAGCAGGGGCUAGACUGCAGAGUGAAGAACAGUACCUGCCUGGAUGACAGCUGGAUCCACCCUCGGAACCUGACUCCCUCCUCCCCCAAACACGUAGAGAUCCAGCUGCGCCUUGCCAGAACCCAGCAUGGAGACCUGGUCCCUGUGGUGCACAUCGAAUGGACACUGCAGACAGAUGCCAGCAUCCUGUACCUUGAGGGUGCAGAGCUGUCUGUCCUGCAGCUAAACACCAAUGAACGUUUGUGUGUCGAGCUCGAGUUUCUGUCUCAACUGAACCAUCACCGCAAGCGGUGGCGUUUUGCCUUCAGCCACUUUGUGGUAGAACCCAGCCAGGAGUACGAGGUGACUGUUCACCACCUACCCAAGACCAUCCCUGAUGGGGAUCCAAACCACCUGUCCAAGAAGCUCUUUGUGCCAGAUUGUGAGGACGCCAGGAUGAAGAUAACCACACCAUGUGUGAGCUCAGGCAGCCUCUGGGACCCCAACAUCACUGCAGAGACCCUGGAGGCCCACCAGCUGCGGGUGAGCUUCACCCUGUGGAACGAAUCUUCCCAUUACCAGAUCCUACUCAACAGUUUUCCACGUGCAGAGGACCACAGAUGCUUCGAGUACCUACAGCAGAUACCUGCGCCCAAACAAGAGGAAUUCCACCAGCGAGCCAACUUCACACUCCCUCUAUACAACUCUAACUGGUGCUGUCGCCACCAAGUGCAGGUCCAGCCCUUCUUCAGCAGCUGCCUUAAUGACUGUCUCAGACAUACCGUGACCAUCCUCUGCCCAGAGGUCCCAGAGAUUCCAGUCACAGUUGCAGAGUAUAUACCCCUGUGGGUAUAUGGCUUCAUCACGGGCAUCUCUGUCCUGCUGGUGGGUUCCAUCAUCCUGCUGAUUGUCUGCAUGACAUGGAGGCUACCAGGGUCGCAUCGUGAAAAAUAUGGAAAUGACACCAAAUACACUGGUGUCCUGCCCACUGCUGACCUGACCCCCCCACUGCUAAAGCCCAGGAAGGUCUGGAUUGUCUACUCAGCCGACCACCCUCUCUACGUGGAUGUGGUUCUAAAGUUCGCCCAGUUCCUGCUCACCACCUGUGGCACUGAAGUGGCUCUUGACCUCCUCGAAGAACAAGUCAUCUCAGAGGUGGGGGUCAUGACCUGGGUGGGCCGACAGAAGCAGGAAAUGGUAGAGAGCAACUCCAAAAUCAUCAUCCUGUGUUCCCGAGGUACCCGGGCCAAAUGGCAGGCCAUGCUGGGCUGGGAGGAGCCCACCAUCCAGCUACGGUGUGACCGCUGGAAGCCCACUGGGGACCUUUUCACAGCAGCCAUGAAUAUGAUCCUGCCAGACUUCAAGAAGCCAGCCUGCUUUGGCACCUACAUCAUCUGCUACUUCACUGGCAUCAGCAGUGAGAGCGAUGUCCCCGACCUCUUCAACAUCACCUCCAGGUACCCUCUUAUGGACAAGCUUGAGGAGGUUUACUUCCGGAUCCAGGACCUGGAGAUGUUUGAACCUGGCCGGAUGCACCGCCUCCAGGAGCUCACAGGGGAAAACUACCUGCAGAGCCCCAGUGGCUGGCAGCUCAAGGAGGCCGUGGAGAAGUUCCGGGAGUGGCAGACUCAGUGUCCUGACUGGUUUGAGCAGGAGAACCUUUGCUCCCCUGAUGACCAGGACCUCCCAUCCCUGGAUGAAGAGGUAUUUGAAGAGCCGCUGCUGCCAUCAGGGAGUGGGAUUGUCAGGCAGAAGCCCCUGGUGCAGGAACCUGGCUCUGAGGGCUGUCUGGUGGUAGAUGUACGCGUGGGUGAGGAAGGAAGGGGAAUAACAAGGCUGGGACCCCAACUGCAGCCCCAGGGGGAGCUGGCAACCCAGGCCAUUCAGACAGUGGUGCUGCCUGGAGAGCAGAUUCCUGCUGCUUGUGCAGUGGAGCUGGUUCCUCUUGCUGACGGGAACAGCGUAGCCGGCCGGCUGGCCUUGAUGGAGGAGGGUGAGGCCUGCCCCCUGCUGGAGGAUCAUGGCCUACGGAGAAACAGCAUCCUCUUCCUCCCCGAGGACUCUGAAGACUCACCUCUCUGCAGCACUCCAAUGGCAUCACCUGGCCACCUCCCAGAUGAUGUGAGGGAGCAGCUAGAGGGCUUGAUGCUCUCGAUUCUGCAGCAGAGUCUGAAUGGCCAGGCCCAGGGUGCUUGGGAAGGUCCUGCACUGGUCCUCAAGGACCCCUCCAUACCCUGUGAGGAGGAGCAGCGGCAAUCUGUGCAGUCAGACCAGGGCUACAUCUCUAGAAGUUCCCCACAGCCCCCUGAUGGGCUUGGGGAAAUGGAGGAGGAGAAGGAAGAAGAACAGGACCUGGGGAGGUCAGCUGAGCAGCUGUCUCCUGAGCUUCUGCAGGACCUGAGGAGCCUCCAGCAGCAGCUUUUCUUCCAAGAUCUCCAAAAGAACUCUGGCUGGGACAGUGUGGAGUCAGAGAGGCCAGCUGUAGAAGAGCAGGCCGCCUCCUAGGGCCUCCCAGGUCUCAAGCCUUGAAAGGGUAUGUGUGUGCAUUUGAGCUUAACGUGUACAUGGAUGUGUAUAUGUGUGUAUGUGAAGAGUCUGCCUUUGAAAUGCAGGUAUCUUAUCAGGCAUGGAGGCAUGAGCCUGCAGUCCCACCUACUUGGGAGGCUGAAAUGGAAGGAUCAGUUGAGCCUAGGAAUUCAGGACCAACCUGUGUGACAUAGAAAGACCCUACCUUAAAAAUAAAUUGAGGGCUGGGGAUAUAGCUCAGUUGGUAGAGUUCCUGCCUUGCAAGCACAAGGACCUGGGUUCAAUCCCCAGCACCGCAAAAAAAAAAAAAAAAA